CCGGAACUGGAGGCGUUUGCUCGUCUUCAUAGCGAGCGAAGUGUGCUGCAGUUCAAACAGUUUGAUGUGUGGUACAUGUGUAUGAAGAUGACUGGAAUAAGGGCACUUAAUACACCAUGGCUUGAUGCCUUCACUGAUGCUCAUGCUGGAAUUUAUACAUUCAGUCAUUGUAUUACUAUGGCUGAUAUUAAUGGUGAUGGAGACUAUAAACUGAUUAUUGCCGAUUUGGGCACCGGUUCCUCCAACAUACGUCUCAAGGUGUACAAAGGAACAUCUCUAAUGACAGAAUCGGUCUUGACAGAGGCCCCUACAGGUGUUGUUUCAGUUUAUAUGGACACUAAUGAAAACCAUGUGCCAGGAGUUGUUGUAGCUUCAGGUCCUAAUGUGUACAUCUACAAGAAUUUGCGACCUUACUUCAAAUUUACUGUUCCAUCACUUGAUGUGAGCCCUAUGGAGAAAGAUCUUUGGUCACAGGUAAGAGACCAAUCGUUAGAAACAGAUGUCUUCUACGAAUUUCUACAAAACCUUCGGCAAGAAAUUGGGUUCAACAACCUAACGGAAAGAUCACAACAGCUCCUUAUCCUUGACCAUUCAAAGCGGAAAGAAUUUGUGGAAGAACAGAAGAAUUUGCCACCCAAAAAACAGACAGUGAUAACAUGUGUAUCAACACUUAAAAAAUCAAUGACUGAUGAAGAUGCCAUUUCCUGUAUCGUAUUUGGGACUGAAAGUGGUGAGAUAUACAUCCUGGAAUCAGAAGCUUUUGUGAUUCUCCAAAAAGUACAACUAGAGGGUGGUGAAGUACACAGUCCUGCUCCUGCCCACAUUGCCUGUUCUGGUCUGUAUGAUGUGGAGUUCCGAAUUGUAUGCCUGUGCCGUGAUGGGACCUUACGUUUGCUUCGUCGGGGCUGGCAGCAGACUCGCACCUUAACAGAGCUUACAGCUCCUGCUGUUGGGUUGUUGUUAAUGCCAGAUGGUACAUCAAGUAUAAUAGUAGCACUAAUGGAUAGUGCUUUGCAUUGCUUUUCUAAGAAGGGACGCAGACAGUGGAAACUACAAAUGGAAAAGAAUAUCACAGCAAUUGGUAGUGUUCAUUUGCCUCAGCAAGGACUGUGCUUAGUGGCAGUUGCUCUCUCAGGUGGCUUGGUUAAACUAUAUUCUGGUCAACAGCUUGUCGAUACUAUUGCAACUCCUGACACAGUCGCAGCAUUAAGGUUUGGUCGCUUUGGACAGGAGGAGAACAGCUUAGUUCUCAUUGCUGUUGCUGGUUGUCUAAUGGUGAAAAUUCUUAAAAGAACAGCAAACUUUGUGACACAGACAACCACCGAUGGGUUUGUGCCAGGACAACAAGUUAAAGUUCCUAUACCAAAGAAGACAAGGCUUUUCGUUGAACAAACAAUGCGUGAGCGUCAGUGUUACAAAGAGAUACAUCAGGCUUUCCAACAUGAUUUAUUUCGAAUGCACCUCACUGCAGCCAGGGCAUGUGUGCAAGCCUUGCAGAGCUGUUCUCUUCCUGUUUCAAGCAAAGAACCACUCAAGCUAACUGCUCAGGUUUUAGGAUUGGGCCCUAAAUUCAGAUUAGCCAUUACGCUUCAAAAUAUGUCUAAAGAUGUGCCACUAAAGGGAUUAUUCAUUGUUGUACACUGUGAUGACAAAAUGUACGUUGUGGAGAGACCUUUCAUUGAGGUGCCUAUGCUUGUUCCAAGUCUGACAUAUAAGUUUGAUACAAUAGUGGAGUGUGUGUCAGAUCUGAACAUUUCUGAUGAAGUACGUGUUUUUGUUGUCAAACAACAACAAACAGAACCUCUCCUGUCGGUGGUUAUUGAGAUGCCAGUAUGUGACAUGUUGGCAAUGACUUCAUAAGGCUAGGCCAGAACAGAGAACAGAGAACAAAUGUGCUUGUUCAUUUCACGUAUGUAAUGUACUGUUAUUUUAUUCAU